CUUACUGUUAUAAUAUUGUGUUCAAACAAAUCAUUCCAAAUUGUUAUUCAAUCAUGUUAAAUAGUAUUAAGUAUUUAAUUUAACUCCAGUCGGAUUGCGAUUGUAUUUUUAAGGAUGGAACCUUCAGAGGAACAUUUGGCCGUUUUAAAAAACUAUUUCGGCCAUAAAGAAUUCAGGCCGUUGCAGUGGAACAUUAUAAGGUCCAUAAUUAACGACCGGCGUGAUAAUUGCGUUGUGAUGGCAACAGGUUCUGGUAAAAGCUUGUGCUUCCAGUAUCCUCCAGUGUUUUGCAAUGGGUUGGGUGUCGUUGUAUCACCGUUAAUUUCAUUGAUGGAAGACCAAGUUUUGGCUCUGAAUAUGUGCAAUAUACCGGCGACGCUAUUGGGCACUGCACAAAUUUCAAAAAACAUAUAUGCAAGAAUAAACGAUAACGAAUUUAGAAUUGUGUACGUUUCGCCCGAAUGGCUUACUGGAGAAUUUGGCUCAGAAUUUUUCAGGAAAUUGAAGAAAAAGGUUAAAAUCACUCUUGUGGCAAUUGACGAAGCACAUUGUGUAAGCCAGUGGGGCAUGGAUUUUAGGUUUUCUUACAGGAAGUUACGAGUAGUGAGAGAGAUUGUAGGUGGCGAUGUUCCAAUACUCGCUGUGACAGCCACAGCAACUGAGCCUGUACAAAAAGAUAUUAUUUCAUCUCUAGGUUUGAAGAAUCCUCUGAUUACUCGAACAAGCUGUGACCGACCGAACCUUUACCUUUCAGCCUCCAUUAAAGGAAGUGACCCGUUUAUAGACAUAAGAGAUUUUCUAUAUAAAGAAAAGCUAAACUGUAGUUCCAACAGUUCGUGUAUUAUUUAUUGUCCAACAAAGAAAAAAGCCAAUAAAAUUUCAGAUCUUUUAAACUCUGGAGGAAUCAAAUGUUCCCUUUAUCAUGCUGAUUUGAGUUUAAGCGUGAGGAAGAGGGUUCAUAAAAGCUUUGCUUCAGACGAAAUUCAAGUGAUCGUUGCUACAAUUGCUUUUGGAAUGGGAAUCGAUAAACCAGACGUAAGGCAUAUUAUUCAUUACGGAGCGCCCCUUGACAUAGAAUCUUAUUAUCAAGAGAUUGGCAGGGCAGGAAGGGAUGGGCUUCCAGCAGUCUGCCACGUCUUCUACAAGAAUGCAGAUUUCAGCAAAAAACAGUUUUUCUUUUCAAACCUCCAAGGGAAGUAUAGAGAGCACAAGGAAAAAAUGGCAUUGUUAAUAGAAGAAUAUCUUGUAUCGACAGACUGUCGUAGGAAAAUGUUGGUCAGCCACUUUGACGAUGAGGCAAAACUGGAAAAACAAGAGAGAUGCUGUGACAACUGUAGCAAGGAAAAAUUGAGAUCUAAUUUAUACGAGUUACAAUAUGAUCUAACUGAAGACGCUCUUUUGCUUUUAAACGCUGUUGAAACACUCGGAGGGAAUUACGGCUUGCAGAUGGCCGUGUUCUUAUUAAGAGGCUCAUCCUCAAAAAGAUUUCCGGUCAAAUAUCAAUCUUCGAAAUUGUUCGGCACGGGCAACAAUAAAAGUGACGAGUACUGGAAAUUGUUAGGAAAUUUAUUGAUCAGGGUAGACCUUUUGGAAGAAAUACACAAAACGAGCUGCGGAUGGAAUAAGAACAAUUUCCCUUACAAAACACUUGCAGUUUCUGAAAAUGGAAAAGCUUAUCUCAUAAACGAGAGGCAUAGGAAAAAAGUUAAGCUUAAACCUACACUAGAAAUGAUUCCUUUUAUUAAAAAAUUUAUUCCAAGUUAUAGGACAAAAGGAGAAUGGCUCUAUUCUUCAGCUGAUGAGCCAUCAUCGUCUUUGGUGGAUGACAAAAGUUUGCGGCAACCGUUACUCGAAGAUUUAGUUUAUAAAGAAAUAGAGAAGUUCCGUUGUAGAAUGGCUACGAGCUUGGACUGCAUACCUUACAUGGUAUUGAGCAGCAGGACAAUGCAAUUACUCGCUCAGAAGAGGCCGUGUACCAUCGAAGAAAUGUCCAAAGUUGAAGGCAUAACGAAAAAGAAUGUAGAAACAUUUGGAAAAGAGCUGUUAGAAUGUAUAACAAAAUGCCAAGAAUCCUAUAAACCAGAUAGUUCAAAAGUACAAGAUGUUCAAAAAAAUUUGAAACGAUUUGUUCCUAAAACCAAAAACAUUCUUAGUUACAAAAAUGAUAGUGAUGACAGGAUGUCUAGUACAUUAGUAGAUCCAUCAUCUCAAUCGGCUGAUGAUAUGUCUAUAGGUUCAACUAGGCCUAAUGAAUUACCUGAAGAAGGUACAAUUUUAGAGGAAGAAACCUUAAAAGAAUCUCAGUCUCGUUCGAGCAGUCCAUCAACAGUCGUCUCGUUUAAAUCGGCAGCCGAAUCGUUCCAGAGCGCGUCAAAAGAGUCGGUCAAAUCUCCGGAAGGGAAUUACCUUAGCGACGACGAUGAUUUUUUCUCGCUUGUCAGCGAGGAUAUGCUUUCUCAAAAAAAUACCAUACAACCUUCUCAAGGCGUUCAGAACAAAGUGUCGAUACCGACAAAACGAAAAAGAAUCUCUUAUGAAGAAGAAACUCCUGUUCAACCCAAAUGCCCAACGAAUGAUCCACGCACUUUAAACACCCGACCGACAAAUCCCUUAAUGGGGAAAAGUGAAAAAGAAUUGAUUGUACAAAUAAACAAGGAAAAGAAAAAUAUUUUGAAAAAGAAAAUUAAGUUGUAAAACAAUUUGAAUUAUUUUAAGAUUCAUGAAAAUAAAGGUGUAGAUAAUUUAUAAAUUUAAUACUUACAUUUGCAUAUAAAUAAAAUUAAUGUAUGAAUCUGUUCUUACAAGGUA